AUGAUGAAAAAUACAUGCAUGAGAUUAAAACUACCAUUGAUUUGCCUUACCUGGGAAAUUGCUAUGAUAAUUCUGUUUGGAGUAUUUGUACGUUAUAACAUCGAAACUGAUCCCCAUUGGGAAGAAUACAAACUGGCUAACAACAUUCCAAGUGACAAUGAAAAAAGUUUUUAUUACAGGUAUCCAAGUUUUCAAGAUGUCCAUGUGAUGGUCUUUGUUGGGUUUGGAUUCCUCAUGACGUUCCUUAUGUUUUAUGGCUAUGGUGGUGUUGGUUUCAACUUCUUGCUUGCUGCUUUUGCUAUUCAAUGGGCAAUACUGAUGCAGGGCUGGUUCCACUCAUUUUAUGAUGGAAAGAUUUUCAUUGGUGUAAUAAAUCUCGUCAAUGCGGACUUCUGUGCCGCAUCUGUCUGCAUCGCCUUUGGCGCAGUCUUGGGAAAAGUGAGCCCUGUACAAGUCCUGGUCAUGACCUUGUUUCAGGUUACUCUGUUUGCGGUGAAUGAGUGGAUCCUACUAAACAAGCUUCAUGUUAUUGAUGCUGGUGGUUCCAUGACUAUUCAUACAUUUGGGGCAUAUUUUGGGCUUACGGUUGCUUGGAUACUAAGGCGCCCAAAAUUAAAAGAAAGGAAUGAUAAGGAGGUGUCAACGUACCAUUCUGAUCUAUUUUCUAUGAUCGGAACUCUCUUUCUGUGGAUGUACUGGCCCAGUUUUAACUCGGCUAUCUCAAAGGCUGGUGACGCUCAACAGAGAGCUGUCAUUAAUACAUACUGUUCUUUGGCUGCAUCUGUUCUCUCAACUUUUGCCAUAUCCAGUGCGGUCAAUAAGACUGGAAAACUGGAAAUGGUUCACAUUCAGAAUGCAACCUUGGCUGGAGGAGUAGCCGUUGGCACUGCUGGAGAAAUGGUCCUGACUCCAUAUGGCUCUCUAAUAGUUGGUUUUAUAUGUGGAAUUGUGUCUACUUUGGGCUAUGCCUACCUUUCACCAUUCUUGUUACGCAAAAUUGGGCUCCAAGACACAUGUGGGGUUAACAAUCUGCAUGGAAUGCCAGGCAUUAUCGGAGGCAUUGUUGGAGCAGUAACAGCUGCUGCUGCAACUGAAGGUGUUUACACCCGUGAAGGCCUUAUAGCCAUGUUUGGUUUCGAAGGCGAAUUUGCAAAUAGAACUCCCAGCAUUCAAGGAGGAUAUCAAGCAGCUGGCAUUUGUGUCUCACUUGCCUUUGGAUUUGUGGGAGGAACUAUCGUAGGUUUCAUUCUAAAAUUACCAAUCUGGGGAGAACCAACAGAUGAAAACUGUUUUGUGGAUGCAGUGUAUUGGAAGAUUCCUGGUGAAGAUGAUGCUGAAUCUUGCAAACAGUACACCACCCAUGAUCUGGACAAAGUGACAUAAUCCUUACAGGAUUAA